UCGAAGAACCAGAACUCGAGUGCCCCUCUAACUCUACUUGGGAUGCUUAUAGAAACUCCUCUCUCAACUCCCCUUCUAUUUUAGUUCAAUUCAAUUAGGGAUUCGUUGUCAGCGUUUUCUUGGAAGUGUCGCCGUCAAUAUAUAAAAGGGAAUGCCACUCUAUAACUUAGCUUUACUCAAAUGGAUUCUUCAACUGCAAAUUCAGUUUCAAAUUCCCCCAUAUCUUCCGUUGCUCAAUCUCCGCCACCUCAACAACAUCAGGAAGUGAAAGUCUCAAGCCCCAUUGUUCAUCAAGAUUCAAAGGAGGAAGUGGUCAAAGAUCCUGUUAGUGAUCUGGAGAGUCAACAAAUUGAGAAGUUCAAGAGGUAUGAAGUUGAGGCCAGGAGACAUUUAAUGUCCAAGUACUUUUCAGACAAGACUAUUUUUGGAGGAAACAUCUUUGACGUAAAAAUGACUAUAGAUGGAGAGCAAGUAAAAGUAAGCAGAUUUCCUGGAUACCAGUCAUAUGCAGAUCCCGCUAAUUUUAACGAUGAUAGCGGUAGCAACUCAAUAUCUACAGUGGAAACUCCAACCCCAAGUGCUAAUGGGCAGCAACCUUCCCAAAAAGGCUACCAAUCUUAGAAUUUGCUUGCUUUGAUACCAUCCGGUUAAUUAGUGGAAUCUCCUGGACUUAGAUUAAAUUUGAAA